UUCUAGAAACGUUCAUACGCUUGCGUGAGGCGCGUUGCUGCUGGACAAGGACAUUGGGAAAUGGAAUGACAUUUGUGUAACGUUUGAUAACUUCCAAUUUUGUAACAUUACGUGGGAAAUAAAAGUAAAGUACCUGACUUGGAGGAUUAUCAUCUGGUCCUUGCUAAACUGACUCAUCGCAAUUUCUAUCCAAUCCGCUUCUGACACAGGUUUCUUAUUUGGGAUUGAGAGGGGACCAAGAAGAUAAAGAGCUGGUCCUUCCUUUGGGUGGCUGUAGCAUGAUGGUCUGGUGACUGUCUGGGGUGUCCCCUGGUGACUGGGGUUACACCCUACCCCCUGUCUUGAAUGGCUGCAUGUAGAGGGGCCCUCGCCUUGUGGGCGGGGUGUGUGAGGAGCCAUGGCAACAGGCAACCAGUCAAGCAACAGUGCUGGAGUCUUGCACAGGCGCUGGAUGUGCAGUGGAGUGGACAGAUUCGGCCUCUCAGCAGCGCGUCAUGGGCCCUGGUUCCCCCCAACAGUCUGAGGUACCAGAACAUCAAGCAGCCAUCCCUGUCACACCCCUUCCACCAUGCCAGCCACAGCCAGAUGCCCCCGGGCCUGGACGAGGACUGGGAAGAGACUGUCAGCCUGUGUGUGCUGGUGCGGACUGUCCCUGGGGAGUGUGAUGACCAGCACACCCUGGUGGAGGUGCCUCUGUUUGGGCAGACUAAACUAAGUGAGAUCCUUGCUCCGAGAGGAGUCAGUAGGCCCGUGGAGUUCCUCUUCCCCAUGACCACUGUGGAUGGGAGCCGAGAGGAUGACAUCAGCGUUGGGAAGAUGAACAAGGGAGAAUGGCUGCAUGAUGAUGCAGAAAAGAGGGAGAGAGGAUCGUUCCGAAGGCUGUUUGAGACGGAAGGAUGUCCUGCUCCAUUUAUGUAUGGAUCCAGGUUUUACUGCUUCCACUGUCCUGGAAUGGAGCCGUUACCUGGUUACGGGGACAAAUCGGGCAAUAUGAUUGGACUAGAGAAAGAGUUGUUGCUGUUCCACACCUCUCUGUAUAGUAGCUACACCGAGAGAGAGACAGUGGAGGGGGGACACAGCGACAAAGAGAGGGAGGAUGAGGAGAAACUGGCCUUGAUGUAUGAAAAGCUGAGGAUUGAGCUUCCAAGUUUUUUUGUGAAGAGUCAUGACUACACCAUGUACACAAAUGAUAUCGAGUUCGUCAACUGUAUUCUAAAUGCCAAGACCAGGGGCAGAGUUCUGUACCAGCUGAGCCUGUCUCUGUGGAGGCUGCUGUGUCUCUGUUACUAUGCUGAGGCCCGGUUAGAGGUACUGAAACUGACUAAGCACCCAGAGGACAGGACUAUCAAGGCCAGGUGGAGGGUCAGAGGACUGCCCUUCCUCUCUCUGCUGCUGAGAUUCUACCGCAAGGACAAAACUGACCUCUACAGGUCAUAUGAUGCGUUCUCCACCUUCUACCUUGGCCAUGAUGGACUCAUACACUGUCACAAAGUGGAAAAAAUGAUGAAGGCCCAGCCGCCCAUCCUGCCCAGGGUGACCACUCUGUUAGCGGGGGCCCUUGUGGCCCUGGGGGUCCAGGAGCACCGGCCGGCCCUCAACCUCCUGCCCCCCCUGCUCUCCUCCCUCCGACAGAGCCGAGACUGAGAGAAAGGAGGGUCUAGAGGAAGGAGCAUGUGUGUACCAUGAGAGGGGAAACGUGAUCAAUGUUGUCCAGAAAAACAACUUGUUUAUCCCUGAUCACCCGUACAAUCUCCCCCUAUUGUGCGCCUGCUCUGGGGGAAAUGUUUUAAUUAAAAUAAACCUUUCCAAACCCGUUCUCUCUCUGGACUCCCACAGCAUUCAAAUAGCCGCUAAUAUUUUAGUUCAUAUGCAAUCCAGAACUUCAGUUUAUCCAAUAAGUUGAGUUGGUACCUUGAUCAGUACCCUGUUAACGCACAAACAAAUGAUCGCACGGCACUGAGUGACUGCUUGUGGGAUGUUGAACCUCUCUUUGGGCCUAAACGCUCACCAUGCACAUAGCCUGCUGCUCAUAAAAGUAUCUGCUAAAUGGCAUAUAUUAUUGGACAACCCUAUUUUCACUACCUUACAUGAAGACACUGUUAAAUGCAAAAAAAAAAUUGAAGACAUGCAAGCUUAGUAUUAAAGUUAAAUUGAGUCAU